UCUCGUCCCCACUCGCUUCACCCCAAAUCCCUCAACGGCAGCAAGAGAGAGAAAGAAGAGAGAGAGAGAGAGAGAGAGAGAGGAGUAGACGUCGCCCAUGGCGGAAGAGGAGGAGGUGGAGGAGGGGAGGUCCUCGUCGUCGGCGAUACUGGACCUGCCGGAGCCGCUGCUGCUGCACAUCCUGAGCUUCCUGACGGACGUGAGGUCUCGGCACAGGGCGGCGCUGGCGUGCGGGAGGAUGCGGGCGGCGGAGCGGGCGACGAGGUCGGAGCUCUCGCUGAGGGGCGACCCGAGGUCGCCGGGGUUCCUGUUCCUCUCGCACGCGUUCCGCUUCCCGGCGCUGGAACACCUCGACCUCUCGCUCGUCUCGCCGUGGGGGCAUCCGCUUCUCUCCUCCGUGCCGCCCUGCGGCGGCGGCGGCGGCGGCGCGCCCUCGGCGUCGUCGUCGUCGGGGAUGAACGUGUACCACCCCGAGGCGAUCUCCGAGCAGAACGCCUUCAUCGCCGCCCGCCUCGCGGGCUGCUUCCCGGCGGUGACCUCGCUCGCCGUCUACUGCCGCGACCCCACCACGCUCGCCAACCUCACCCCGCACUGGCAGGCCUCCCUCCGCCGCGUCAAGCUCGUGCGCUGGCACCAGCGCCCGCCCACCCUCCCCGACGGCGCGGAUCUCGAGCCGCUGCUGGAGACCUGCGCCGCGCUCCGGGAGCUCGACCUGUCGGAGUUCUACUGCUGGACCGAGGACGUCGUGAGGGCGCUCACCACGCACCCUUCCGCCACCGCGGCGCUCACCCACCUCGACCUCGGCCUCGCCGCCGCCACCGACGGCUUCAAAUCCUCCGAGCUUGGGCCAAUCGCGGCCUCCUGCCCCAACCUCCGCAAGCUCGUGGCGCCAUGCUUGUUCAACCCACGGUUCAGCGAUUGCGUCGGCGACGACGCGCUGCUCUCGCUGGCCACCAGCUGCCCGCGGCUGACCGUCUUGCGGCUCAGCGAGCCGUUCGAGGCUGCGGCCAACAUCCAGAGGGAGGAGGCGGCCAUCACCGUUGCGGGGCUAGUCGCCUUCUUCGCGGCGCUCCCCGCGCUGGAGGAUUUCACCAUGGAUCUCCAGCACAAUGUGCUGGAGGCCGCGCCCGCGAUGGAGGCGCUUGCCCGAAGGUGCCCGCGGAUCAAGUUCUUGACCCUGGGUUCCUUCCAGGGGCUGUGUAAGGCCUCUUGGUUGCAUCUUGAUGGUGUUGCGGUGUGCGGUGGGCUGGAGUCACUUUACAUGAAGAAUUGCCAGGAUCUCACGGAUGCCAGCCUUGCGGCAAUUGGCCGUGGGUGCCGGAGGCUUGCUAAGUUCGGCAUCCAUGGCUGUGACCUUGUCACUUCGGCUGGGAUCAGGAGGCUUGCAUUCACGCUUCGGCCUACUCUCAAGGAAGUCACUGUCUUGCACUGCCGGCUUCUGCACACUGCAGAAUGUCUCACUGCUCUAAGUCCGAUCCGUGAUCGCAUUGAAAGUCUUGAGAUCAACUGUGUCUGGAACACAACCGAACAACCCUGCAGUGUUGCAAAUGGCACCACCACCGAAUGCGAUCCUGAGGAUGAUGAGCUUGGUGAAGUGUACGAGUCUGCAGCCAAGAAAUGUAGGUACAUGGAAUUUGAUGAUCUUGGAAGCUGGGAGAUGCUCAGGUCACUCUCCCUAUGGUUCUCUGCUGGCCAGCUUCUCUCUCCGCUCAUUUCUGCUGGUCUCGAUAGCUGUCCCGUGCUUGAGGAGAUCUCAAUUAAGGUGGAGGGUGAUUGCCGGACAUGCCCACGACCUGCUCCAAGAACAAUUUUUGGCUUAAGUGAUCUUGCAGGCUUCCCAGUAUUAGCCAAGAUGAAAUUGGACCUCAGUGAAGCUGUGGGUUAUGCACUUACUGCACCAACAGGGCAGAUGGAUCUUUCACUAUGGGAGCGAUUUUAUUUGCAUGGUAUCGAAUCACUGCAGACUUUGUAUGAAUUGGACUACUGGCCGCCCCAAGACAAGGAUGUGCACCACCGGAGCCUGACAUUGCCAGCCGUGGGAUUGAUCCAACGCUGCGUUGGACUCAGGAAGCUUUUCAUCCAUGGCACCACACAUGAGCACUUCAUGACCUUCUUCCUUUCAAUUCCAAACUUGCGGGACAUGCAGUUGCGGGAGGACUAUUAUCCAGCCCCAGAGAAUGAUCUGAUGUUCACAGAGAUGCGGGCUGAAUCUUGGCUUAGGUUUGAGGUGCAACUGAACAGCCGGCAAAUUGAUGAUUAGUUAUGUGGGCACAAAAUGGUUUGAAGCUGAAUACAGAGAUUUAUCUGGAUGGUGCCAUUGCUCCACUGUGCAAUGGCAGGGGAUUCCUGGUGAGUUGGUUAUGAUUAUGGGUGGAGUCGUGUGUAUUGCUGCAGUGCCAUUGAGGAGAGUAGUAUACUGGCAGCACUUGGAUCUGUCAGCAAAGUAACCUUCUCCAGUUGCUUUUUUACCCCCUUUUUGAUGUAAUAAGAGAGUUGGGUCGGAAAUGAGAUAUUUGCAGGAGAUAAGAUUAUAAAUUAGGCUUCAUGGAAAAUUUUCCAAGAAAAAAAAACAUUUUGUUUUUAAGAUGGUCUGAGUUGUGAACACCGGCAAGAGUAAUUGGCAAAUUGGCAUGGUUCUAGCGGUUUGUAACAUUUGAACUCUGUAAACAAAAGAAAAACGCCACUCGCUUUUCUUAUGCCCUUUGCUUCAUGGGUGAAAGUGGCUCAUCUAAUAUUGGUCAGUGUUUUACUGUUUUCAAUGGAUGGGCAACGGAGUUCAGUACUACUGCGAUAGGAAACUAUUUUGAUGUGUACAUAACAGCUCUAUUAAUCCAAAAUUAUGUGCCUUUGCUCUUUGAGUUUAUUUCUGUCCCUUUCCUUUUCCAUUUCAUGCACAGGCUUGGUGACAAAUGGGAUGGCGUGUGCAGAUGUGCAAGCCAGUUUUGCAUGUCAUUAUCGGGCAUGUUGAGUUGCAACACCGGCUACAACAAGGUUUACUUUAAUACACAGCAGUAAGGAUUUAAUCUGAUAGAAUGUUGAAAGGUUUUCUCUUUUUUAUGCAGGAUUGAAAGCUGCUUUAGUUUCCAAGGAACAACCAAUCAGUUCCAUCAGAACUGACUACCACCAUUUGCUGAUUCGUUCUCUGCAGUGAUCCCCAAUGGAGACCUGGCCUUUGCUUCAUCUCAUCCUCAAACUGUAGCAUGACAAGAAAGACGUGCGGAACAAGAUCAGCAUCAGAACAUGACAAAAAGAUUUUCGCACUAGAAGCCGGUUUAUCCAAUUCCUCUGCUUGCCUCUUCCAUUCAGCUAGUUAAGAUAAUGCGAGAUCACUGGUUUUGUCAAAGCAAAUCCAGACGAUUCUUGGUGCCAUGGAAAAAGAAGUCGUCCAUGAGUGAGAGAGCUCUCUUGUCCUAAUCCAUCAGCAAGGGCAAUAAUGCUUUUUUGAUUAAGCAGCUGGAGGCCUCACAAAAUAAUGCUUAAGCAAGUACUACUACAGGAUUAAAAGCUGGCCUCUAGAAGGAGUAGAUUAGGUAGAGGAGAAGCUUCUCCUUUCCUCUUUUGCCACGUUGAGGCUUAUUGCUCACAUGAUUGUCAAUCAACCACGUCACACAAGCACAUACACACACUUAUUAUUUGCUCAUAGUUUUAGUUAUUUAUCAACAUUUGGCAGAUAUGUGUUGGAAAUUCAGAUGCUCCUUGAUGCCAUUUUAUCUUGCUGAAUGUCUUGAAAGCAAAGCUGGUGACAGGAGAGAUGUCAUAUGAGCAGGCAGUCAGUUGCAGCCUUGUGGUUGCACCUCCCUUUCCUGCUGUCCUCUUUUUUUUGUUUUCCCUGGUUUCUCUUCAUCAGAAUUAAAGCAGAUAUUUUUGUGGC